CAAAGAUGGUAGCUAGGUUUCUCGAAAACAAUUAUAGCAACGGUUGCUACGACCAUAAUUGUCAGUUUGACAAUGUUUGAUCAAUAGAUUCUUUUCGCAUACACACACAGUUCAAAAUUUUCGUGCUCUUUUCGCUAUGGAUGAAGACGAAGAGGAAAUUAUCGUGCCUAUAAAUAACGAUUUGGAGAAGAAAAUUGCUGAAACUUUCGAUAUUUUCGACCAUUCCGGCAUGAGAACCGUGGAUGCGAGAGAGGUGGGAACAAUAGUCCGGGCUUUAGGUUGCUGCCCCACCGAAGCGGAAGUCCAGGAGUUGGUACUUCAAAUGGAAGACGCCAAUAAUCCCGGAAGCAUACAUCUGAUAAACUUCCUUCCGGUGAUUGCAAAAGUUAUAUCAGAACACAAAUUUGAGCCCGAAUCUCCUGCAAAACUGCUGGAGGCGUUCCAUAUCCUUGACCCGGACGGCCACGGGUACAUUACCAAAGAGCAUAUGUCCACAAUAAUCACGCAGGACGGAGAACCUUUCACGCAAGAUGAAUUGGACGAAAUGCUGGAGAUCGCAAUAGAUCCGCAUUCGCAGACCAUACCGUAUGAGUACUACAUCAAUCAACUAAUGCAUGAACCGGAAGGUGAAGAUAAUAUUUAUGUGUUGGGUGAUAGAAUUGAAGGGGAAAAGCCGCCUCCGCCUCCACCGCCAAAACGGUUCUCGCAGAUAUUCGCAGAAAUGCAAAGUCAAUUGUGAAAACAAACAUAUAUAUUUGUAGUAUAAUCAAUGUAAAAAAAAUCGUAAAUACAAAGCGAUAAUUGAAAAGCUAAUUAGUGUGUUUAA